AACUGAAAGAAAAUUGUAAUGUGGGGGUCGUUUGGAAGUUGCGAUUGUUUUGUUGAGAUUGUCAUUAUGCAUGUAUUGUUUACAAUGCAUCUAUGAUGUGAUAGAAACUAUCACUCAUUUUGAGUGAUUGUUAUAUCUCAACUUUUAGUUGUGAUUGUUGAGAUAGUUGAGUUGAGAUUGUUUUGUCUCAGCUUUUAGCUGAUGCGAGACAAUCACACAUACCAAACAUUGUAUUCUACAAUGCAUCAAAUUCGACAAUACAUACAUAUAUAAUAUUAUACAUGCAUUCUCAACAAUACAUCUAUUUAACAAUCCCAACUUCCAAACGAACCCGUGGUGAACGGAAUAGAGCAGAAGAAUACAAAACCAGAUCACGAGACAGUAUAUGACAAAGGAAAUCCUCCUCUCCUGUCCUCCGCCUCCCAACCCAAAUCCAGCUGGCGCUGCUGCUUCACUCUGCAGCGCACUCUGAAUUUCAUCAUCUCCUUUGCUCGUCUGCUAAAAAAUUUUGCUAUAAAAUUCAGAGCCUUAAAUUUUAACGAAAACCAAGCUAGCUAGCUAGCUGCAGAGAUCUCAUUUUCUCCCCCCAAAAAGAAACUUCAGAGAUGGCAGCUUCCACUAAUCUCGUAUCCUGUUCCUUUCUUCUACCACUGCUACCAGUGUUGUUCUCCUUCUUUUCCACCGCCGUCGACGCCCUCAACGUCGGCGUCCAGGCCAUCGAUCGCCCCGGCGGCGUCGUUUUGAGUAAGGAAUGCAGCAGAAAGUGCGAGUCGGAGUUCUGCUCCGUGCCGCCAUUUUUGAGGUACGGGAAGUACUGCGGGCUGCUGUACAGCGGGUGCCCAGGGGAAAAGCCCUGCGACGGGCUGGAUUCCUGUUGCAUGAAUCACGACCUCUGUGUCCAAUCCAAGAACAAUGACUACCUGAGUGAGGAAUGCAGCCAGAACUUGAUCAACUGCAUGAAGAACUUCAUCAAGUCAGGCUCACACGGCUUCAAAGGCAGCACCUGCGAGGCCACCGAUGUCGUCGAUGUCAUCUCUGUAGUCAUGGAUGCUGCCUUGCUUGCUGGUAGAUACUUGCACAGGCCUUGAUUCAGAUUACGAGUUCCAAAAAAACAGCUGUUACUAUUGUGUAUAAGCUUCCCCUCUACUGCAUUUCCUCCUCUUUUUCCACUCAACUUCCCACAAGGCCACAACCAUGUACAGAUAUGAUAGUAUCACUGAACUAAACUUCUUCAGUUUCUUACAACUUUGGUUCUACUACUUCUAUACUUUUGUGCAAUGCAAAGCAACACACUCUUGGUUCUGCUACUUCUCAUCGAGAGUGGGUUUCGAA